AUGUCUUUGAGUACUAGAUCAUCACCAACAUACAAUCCAUUCAUGAAUGCUAUAGGGCGCCUUUUAGUGGCGAUUUUGGCCCUUAAAUCCAUUCACAUCGUCAUCUUCUACCUUCUGCCUACCCAAUUCGAUAUCCUGCUGGCCAUACUCCUCAAGAAGUACGAAUCUGAAAAACACGUCCUUGCAACCGCCAUACACACGUCCAUUUCACCCAUAGACAGACUUAUAGAAAGGGUUGUUCGUUCAAUUCUAGAUAAUAUCGUCGAUAGAUUUGUCAUAUGGGAUACAGUCUACUUCGCUGACCAGUUUACCAAUGGUUUGACUUACGAGCAUCAGUAUGUCUUCUGCCCUCUAUGGUGGAGACUUAUAAAGUUGAUUCCAGUGAAUGGGAAGGCUGUGUUCUACCUGAACGUGAUUUGUGCUACGUUGCUUUCCAAUAUUUGUCAUUUUGGUGCAGCAGUGGUUCUAUAUUACUAUACAUAUAUUGUCUUCAGCCAGGCAAGACUCUUCCCUCCACAGAAGAUGGCAGAACUAGCAUCAUUAUUCUUUGUGCUUCUGCCAGGAGCAGCUUUCUUGACUGCUCCCUACUCUGAGAGUAUAGCUGCGCUUUUCAGCUUCACUUGUUUGGCAUUGAGGGAAAAGGCUCUAGAGUUCAGUAUGGGUGCAAAAUACAACACCACAUCAAGAAAAGUGCUCUACUUACUUAGUGGAGUGGCCGCUGCUCUCUCAUUCGGAUUCAGAGCUAACUGUCUUUUGCUUGGCUUAAUUUACAUAUACGACUUAUUUGGCAGAAAGACAGAGACGCCCUUACUUCCGUUGGCAGCAGGUCUGAUCUUAGGAUUGGCCUUUCUUGUGUCUAACAUAUACAACUACGUCGCCAUUUGUCUCUCAGGGGACCGAGGAGAAUGGUGCUCAAACAGAAUUCCUUCGCUUUUUGCAUACGCCCAAGGACACUAUUGGAACAUUGGCUUGUUCAAGUACUGGACGUUGAACAAUAUCCCCAACUUUAUAUUUGGAGCGCCUACCAUUGGCCUUUCGGCUUUCAGCAUUAAGUACUUUGCUAAAGAGUACCCUGUGAGCCGUAUACUACCUGUUUCCUUGGUUAAUGCUGCUUUCCUUACAGCUCUACUACUCUCCUGGCAUGUUCAGAUAGUAACCAGGAUACACACUUUCUUACCCAUGAUGUACUGGGUGGCAGCUGGCUUAUGGACUCACAACGAUUACCCUAUCCUUAAGAAGGUGGUUUUCGGCUACUUCAUAGUCUGGAACGUCGUCCAACCUGCCCUUUUUGCGGCAUUCCUUCCACCAGCCUAA